GCGGCCGUCGGGGCGGCGCCUUCUCGGCUGGGCGGAGGGGCUCGGGUGAGGGAGAAGGGAAGCGCCUUGCUCUCUGCCCAGCUCGGGGCUUUUGACCCCUUCCUCUGCCGGCUGGCGGGGGCUCCCGGAGCUUCCCAGCCCUGGCUACCGGCGGGCCCGGGGAGGAGAGAGAUCCCGGGGCAGAGGAGGAAGCCAGGGUCGGUUCGCAGACGAGUUGGUAUUUGCAAACAGGAGAUGGCCCAGAAGAAGAAGAACGCUGUUUUGGUGGAUGGGGUCAUCCUAAAUGGUCCGAUAACGGACUCAAAAGCAGGAGAGAAGUUUGUGGAAGAGGCCUUUAAGGUUAUAAUGGAAGAAGUCAUCCAGAAAGCUGAUGAUAUAACACAAAAGGUUUGUGAAUGGCGAGCCCCUGAAACGCUGAAGCAGAUUCUUGACCUGGAAAUGAGGGACACUGGAGAAUCUCAUCAGAAGCUCUUGCAGCUCUGCCAGGAUGUCAUACAAUACAGCGUCAAAACCAGUCAUCCAAGAUUUUUCAAUCAACUGUAUGCUGGAAUAGAUUAUUACUCAUUAGUGGCUCGUUUCAUUACAGAAGCACUGAAUCCAAGUGUAUAUACAUACGAAGUAUCCCCUGUGUUUCUGUUGGUGGAAGAAGCGGUCAUCAAGAAAAUGAUUGAAUUCAUAGGCUGGGAAGAAGGUGAUGGUAUAUUUAAUCCAGGUGGCUCCGUUUCUAAUAUGUAUGCUAUGAACUUAGCAAGAUAUAAAUUUUGUCCUGAGAUAAAGGAAAAAGGGCUUUCAGGUUUGCCAAGACUAGUCCUGUUCACUUCAGAAGAGUGCCAUUACUCCAUGAAGAAGGCUGCUGCCUUCCUGGGUAUUGGUACAGAGAAUGUUUACUUCAUCAAAACAGAUGAAAGAGGUAAGAUGAUACCUGAGGAACUGGAGAAACAAGUCCAACGGGCCAGGAAAGAGGGGUCAGCACCAUUUCUUGUCUGUGCUACAGCAGGCACUACAGUGCUGGGAGCAUUUGAUCCUCUGGAUAAAAUUGCUGAUAUCUGCGAAAAGCAUGGCCUCUGGUUUCAUGUUGAUGCUUCUUGGGGUGGCUCGGCUUUGAUAUCAAGGAAGCAUUGCAGACUUCUUCACGGCAUCCACAGGGCUGAUUCUGUUGCCUGGAAUCCUCAUAAAAUGCUGUUGGCAGGAAUCCAGUGCUGUGCUCUUCUGGUGAAAGACAACUCUGACCUCCUGAAGAAGUGUUACUCUGCCAAGGCGGCAUACCUGUUCCAGCAGGACAAGUUCUAUGAUGUCAGCUAUGACACUGGUGACAAGUCCAUUCAGUGCAGCAGGCGUCCGGAUGCCUUCAAAUUCUGGCUGAUGUGGAAAGCUUUGGGAACCACAGGCCUCGAGGAGAGAGUCAACAGGGCACUGGCUUUGGCUAGAUAUCUAGUGGAGGAAAUUAAGAAAAGAGAGGGAUUCCAGCUUCUUUUGGAGCCGGAAUAUGCAAAUGUUUGCUUCUGGUACAUUCCACCAAGCUUAAGACAAAUGGAGGAUGGACCUGAAUUUUGGCAGAAGCUACACCAGGUUGCUCCUAUAAUUAAAGAGAGGAUGAUGAAGAAGGGCAGCAUGAUGCUUGGAUACCAGCCUCACCAAGGCAAAGUCAACUUCUUCCGCCAGGUGGUGAUCAGCCCUCAUGUUAGUCGAGAGGACAUGGACUUCUUGCUGGAUGAAAUCGAACUGCUUGCUAAGGAUUUGUAGGUAUAGCUCCACAGCACCAGGUGCUGCUCGCAUGUGAUAUUUAUGGAGAAAGAAUGGCCGCAGCAUUCUGGUGCUAUUUUGUGAAAGGUAGUAAAAAGCUUGGCAUAUAGUUUGGAAACUGUCAUUUUACAGAGUGAUAUUGAGAGCUUUGCAGGCAGAAGACCCCUUUGCAGGAAAGUAUUUGCUGAUGGGGGCUGAAGGUGGCCAGGGGCAGGCCAGUGCUUGCAGCACCACUGCUACCAUUUUGGGAAGUGUUUCCUCAAGAAGGCAGCACUUCUCAAAAUGGUGUCUAGGUCCCUUGGAGGGCAGCUAUUUAUGGGGUGCCUGUCCACAGUGUAGCUCAAACUGACCACCUACAUAUGCAAGCAAUAUUCCUCUGAAGUUACUAUUAGGAGUGGAUUUAGCUCAGUGAGCUUUAAAAUGCUACUAAAUAGUCUGUCUACUCUGUCAAUAUUUUAGUUUGGUAUGUGUUUAAGGGUAGAGGCCUGGUUGGUAAUUACACUGACUGAACAUCAUGGACUAGUUCCUCAAGGCCCCUAACUAGGUGUGUUGCUUGGGUUUUCUGCCUUGAGCACAGUCAACGUGGGGUUGUGGAGUUGCCAUUCUGGGAGGUUUGCAGGACCUGCCUGCACAAAGCCCCAAGCAACUAAAACUGACCCUGCUUUGAGCAGGUGGAACCAGAUGACCUACUAAGUUCCCUUCCAAUCUCAUUGUGAUUCUGUGAAAUACAAAGGUUGGGCCCAGUCAGUGUUUGCCAGUGUUAACCCACCCAAAAUAUCACCACAGAGCUGAGGAUAUUGGAAUAGUGCUUAGGACUUCUUACCUCUUUGUUAACAGGAGUUGCCUGUUAUUUCUGAACUGCUGUUCACCUUCCUCAGUUUUUAAAGCAGUAAGAUUUAUUUAACAACUUUUAGAUGCACUUCCAAAUGAUAUCAGAGAAAAAAGUAUAUUUACGUGAAAAAUAUGUGGUUUUUAUGUAUGGUGACCAUAUAUUAAGAGUAUAGCAAAAUUAUGUAUUUGUUAUUGUCUGUGUGAAUUUUCGUACAGAUUUGAGAUGACUCAAUCUUAUGUUAUCAGUGUAUAAAUUAUAUUUUGGUACUGAGAUUAAGAUGGUGGUGAUCAGUGAAAGCUUGCCUGUGGGUUUUGGAUAUCAACAGUCUGAAUAUUUUUAGACAACCUGAAACUGCAAAAUUAAAUUCUAAACUUGAUGUUUCUGUUAAGAAUUAUGGUUUACUUUUGAUCUGCCUUUAUUCUACAAAAUGAUACAUUUUAUAAAGAUAGGCAUUUAUUUCUUGGGCUGAAAUUCUUGGAGCAAACUAAUGGAAAUAACCAUGUCUUUUACCUUGUAAUCAAUGCCUACUUGAAUGUUUUGAUGUUUGUUCCUUAUUCUGCAUUUGAGGUGGCACUGACCAAUAUGAACCUUUCCCUGUCAUGUUUUCUGUCCUGCGGAAAGCUGUCUUUAAACACAACGCUUUCUUGUUUCCAUUUCCUACAUUGUACUAGGACCCAGCAUUUGCGUGACAUUCCUACCUCUCAUCUCUAAGAGGAUGGUAUGGAAAGUUGAAGGAAGUCAUGAUACCCAAAGAGGUCACAUUAUCAGAACAGUAGAUAGGAGCAAAAGUCACCCUGCACCACUUGCCAGGUGCCUUUAACAGUGUCCUGGAAGUGAGUAUUCUUGUGCUGCUGUCUUAAGCCACUAGAAUUUAAGCCAAAACACAUGUUGAUAUUAAUAUAAAAAUAAAUAUCACAAUAUGGGCCCUGAAUUCUGCCCUGUAAUACUCACAGAUGACUUCAUCAUGUAUUGCCUUGUGCUUCUGGCUUUGCCAGCUCUCAUGAUCCUAAACUCAGGGCCCUUAAGACUUCUUCAGCCUCCCAGCCACCCCAGGUGGAUUGCAGGUUACACAAGGGGUGCCGGAUGGACGGGAUGACUUUGCUGUUGCUUCUGCAGUUAGACAGGACUGUCACCCUUUCUGCUUCUCUUUUUUGACCUUGAAGGGAACAACAGAAUACAGUGUCAGGAUAUUUGAUUAUGGUCCAUAUUCUUGGUGAGUACUUGAUUUUUGAUUCAGGGGGAGCUUUGUCACCUUCCAUCAGCUAAGAAUUUGGUCUGUGGUGUUUUGUGACACCACUACUAUUGAAGAAGCGUUACUGUCUUGUUUCUGUUAAUGUUGUUAGUGCAUUUCUCUGUUGCCAGAUACUGUGACACUCAUGGCACAUGUCAAACUGAAGUAACACAGUUCCUUUCUGUAGCACUAGUGGCUGUAGUAUUUUUAAAUGAGAGCAAAAUGGAAUUUCUUUAACAUUUGCAGAAGAUAGGUCUCCGAUCCACAUGUACGCUGAUUUCCUCAAAGGUAUAGGUUAACCUUCCAGUGUGAUGUGAAUACCUUAUCUAAUCUCCAUACAUUUUCUAUUAUUUCUGACCCCUUACCACAUCCCAGGUGUGCAAUAUGAUGGUCUCAUUUCAGGAGUAAUGUCAUUUUCUCAUGGUUGCCUAUCUAGGAACAGUAUGUACAAAAUGUUUAUUUUGUAGCUCAUGAUUUUAAUAAAAAGUGGAGGAAAUGACACCGUUAUCAA